ACAAAAUCAUACUCUGUUUAAACCCUACCUAAAGCUUCUUCCCAAGCUAGGGUUUUCUGCAACAAGGCAGUUAAUCGCCAUGGACGACACCUUCGAAAUAGAAGAUGGCUCCACAUUCUUUUCAGAAGAAGAGGACUUGUGUGAUUCAAUCCUCUCCCGUUUAUCAAGCUCCACUCAACACGACCACCAGCAUCUCUGCACCACAAUUGGCGCCAUAUCCCAAGAACUCAAGGACCAUAACCUCCCUUUAACUCCCGUCGCCUACUUUGGUGCCAUCUGCUCCUCCCUCGACCUUAUCCUUUCCUCUUCCGACCCCGACUCCUCCGCCCACAGCAUCGCCUCUCUCACCACCCUUCUCUCUAUUGCCGUUACUAAGCUUCCAUUGCCAAUUAUCAAAAAGAAGGGACAUUACUUAAUCGACCUCGUGGUCCGGGUUAUUCGGUUGAACUCUGUCACGCCUGUUGCCACCGCUUCUGGAUUGAAAAUUUUGUCGCGUUUGUUAAUCAGUACAGAGAGGGUCAAUUGGUCUGAUGUGUCCCAGAUGUACGGCAUUCUUUUGGGUUUCAUCACUGAUCCACGCCCUAAGGUGAGAAGGCAGUCGCAACUGUCCAUCCGGGAAAUCCUAGCAAGUUUUCAAGGGACUCCUGUAUUGUCACCGGCGAGUGAAGCGAUAACAAACAUGUUUGAGAAGUUUCUUCUGCUGGCUGGUGGAUCAAGCACAAGUGCUAAUGAAAAGCCGAAAGGAGCCCAGGAGGUUCUUUCUAUGCUGGACGCUUUCAAAGAGUUUCUUCCUCUAAUGUCGAUGAAAUAUAUGACCGCAAUCCUCAAGUACUUGAAAACUCUCCUUGAACUUCGCCAGCCACUGGUUACCAGGCGUAUAACUGAUAAUCUUAAUGUAAUUUGUAUCCACCCAACUCUGGAAAUUUCGGCUGAAGCUCUUCUGGAGCUGUUAUGUUCAUUGGCUAUAUCUGUUACCACAAAUGAGAUGAAUGCGGAUGGAAUGACAUUCACUGCUCGUUUACUGAAUGUUGGAAUGAUAAAGAUCUAUUCUCUUAAUAGGCAAAUAUGCGUGACUAAACUUCCCAUUGUGUUCAAUGCCCUCAAAGAUAUUUUAGCAUCUGAGCAUGAGGAGGCUAUAUUUGCAGCCACGGAGGCAUUUAAAAGUCUAAUAAAUGCUUGUAUUGAUGAUAGCUUGGUCAACCAGGGAUUAGAUCAGAUAAUGAAUGCAAACUUGGAUAUGAGGAAAUCUGGACCAACUAUAAUUGAGAAAUUGUGUUCAACUAUCGAGAGCCUACUUGAUUAUCCCUAUAGUGCAGUCUGGGACAUGUCUUUUCAAAUAGUUUCAACGAUGUUUGAUAAAUUAGGCAACAAUUCUUCUUAUUUUAUGAGGGGAACCCUUAAGAACUUGUCGGACAUGCACAAUUUGCCAGAUGAAGAUUUCCCUUACAGAAAACAGCUGCAUGAAUGUGUUGGAUCAGCUGUUGGUGCAAUGGGACCUGAAACAUUUUUAGGCCUUCUUCCUCUCAAGUUAGAGGCUAACGACCUUUCAGAGGUAAAUGUUUGGCUGUUUCCCAUAUUGAAGCAGUAUAUGAUUGGUGCUCGUUUGAAAUACUUUAAAGAGAACAUGUUGCGUAUGGCUGGAUUGAUGAGGCAGAAAUCGAAAAAGCUUGAAUUAGAAGGGCGGGUUCUUGCAGCAAGGAGCACUGAUGCUCUUUUCUAUUCCGUGUGGUCCUUGUUGCCUUCAUUUUGCAACUAUCCUCAGGAUACUGCUGAAACUUUUAAGGAAUUGCUGGAAACUUUAUGCACGGCCCUUCGUGAUGAACAUGGUGUUCGUGGAAUAAUAUGCUCCAGUUUGCAAUAUCUAGUUCAGCAAAAUAAGAACGUCCUUAAAGGAAAAAAUGAUUUUGUUGGUGUUGAAAUAAAUAAUGCCAGACAGCGAGCAGUGGCCCAUUAUACCCCCCAGAUUGCUGCUGAUAACUUGGAUGUGCUGAAGUUGUGUGCUCGUGAAUUGUUGUCUGUUCUGUCACGUAUCUUUUUGGAAACUGAAAAAGAUGAGGGAGGUUGUCUGCAGUCCACGAUUGGCGAAUUUGCCUCCAUAGCAGAUAAACAAGUAGUUGCAAGGUUAUUUAAAAGGACAAUGCAGGGGCUUUUGGAGGCCACCCAAGAGGUUGGGAAAGCAAAAAGUUCUAGAAAUUCUAAUUCUAUGCAGAUUGAUGAUUCAUCAAAUAAAAGCUCGCCAUCUCAUGCGAGGGCCCGACUAUUUGACCUGGCAGUUUCACUUUUGCCUGGCCUGAAUGCUAAAGAGAUUGAUGUUCUAUUCAUUGCUGUGAAAGCUGCGCUAGAGGAUGAUGAAGGUUUGAUCCAAAAGAAGGCAUACAAAGUGCUUUCAGUCAUUCUUAGGAAAUGUGAUGGUUUUCUUUCGUCAAAGCUUGAGGAAUUGCUUGGACAUAUGAUUGAGGUGUUGCCUUCUUGCCAUUUUUCUGCCAAGCGACAGAGACUUGACUGUUUGUACCAUAUCAUAGUUCAUGUGACCAAGGACAAUUUUGAGCAGAGGAGACGUGACAUCCUUGGUUCUUUUCUGACUGAAAUAAUACUUGCUCUAAAGGAGGCUAAUAAGAAAACAAGAAAUAGAGCUUAUGAUGUACUUGUCCAAAUUGGUCAUGCUUUUGGGGAUGAAGAGAAUGGUGGAGGGAAGGAAAACUUGUAUCAAUUUUUUAACAUGGUAGCUGGGGGGCUGGCCGGAGAAACUCCUUACAUGAUCAGUGCCGCCGUGAAAGGCUUAGCUCGCUUAUCUUAUGAGUUUUCUGAUCUUGUUUCUAAUGCAUAUAAGUUACUUCCUAGCACGUUUCUCCUUCUCCAAAGGAAGAACAGAGAAAUCAUUAAAGCCAAUUUAGGUUUUCUGAAAGUAUUGGUGGCUAAAUCACCCGCUGAAGGGCUGCAAAUACACUUGAGAAGCAUGGUGGAGGGCUUGCUCAAGUGGCAAAAUGACACCAAAAAUCACUUCAAGGCCAAGGUUAAGCUUCUUCUGGAAAUGCUUGUGAAGAAAUGUGGGGUUGAUGCUGUUAAGGCUGUAAUGCCAGAAGAACAUAUGAGACUCCUUACUAAUAUAAGAAAGAUGAAAGAGCGGAAAGAGAGAAAAAAUGCAGUUAACACUGAGGAAACCAGAUCUCACUUUUCUAAAGCAACUACUUCAAGGCUCAGCCGAUGGAAUCAUACAAAAAUAUUUUCUGAUUUUGGUGAUGAAGACUCUGAGAAUAGUGAUGGAGAAUACAUGGAUACAGAGACAGUUUGUGGUCAACGGAGCAGGGCUUUCUCACAGCUAAAAUCCAAAGCAUCAUCAUUACGGGUCCAUAAAAAACGUAAAGCAGACAAGAGCUUACCAGAAGAUUUGUUUAACCAGUUAGAAGAUGAGCCACUUGACUUGCUUGAUCGGCAGAAAAUAAGGUCAGCUCUUAGAUCAUCUGAGCAUUCCAAGAGGAAGGCAGAAUCAGAUGAUGAGGUGGAGAUAGACUCUGAGGGCCGCCUGGUAAUUCAUGAGGGAGAAAAACCAAAGAAGGUAUUGCAUUCAGACCCCGAUGCAGAUGGAAGGAGUGAAACAGCCAGUAUUAUGUCCAUGAAUUCCACAAGGAAAAACCAAAAGCGUAGGAAAACAUCUGAGUCUGGAUGGGCGUACACUGGGAGUGAGUAUGCUAGCAAAAAGGCAACCGGGGAUGUGAAGAGGAAGGGAAAGCUUGAACCGUAUGCUUAUUGGCCUCUUGAUCGCAAAAUGAUGAGCCGUAGACCAGAGCAUCGCGCAGCUGCUAGGAAAGGUAUGGUUAGUGUUGUAAAUAUGGCCAAAAAACUUGAAGGGAAGAGUGUGUCAAGUGCACUUUCAUCCAAGCCCACAAGAAAGAAAGGCAGCAAGAAAAAAAGCAGGUAGAAGGCUGCAAACACUGAUGAAUUGUUUGGGAGACGAGUGAUCCCGGCCGUGAAAAUUUUUGUUAAAGAAUCAUAUAAAGUUAUAGGCGUUGGGUUCUUUUUUAAGUUCAUGCAUCAGGUAGUACGAUGUUGUGUACAUAAUUAAAAAGUGAGGCAAAGCUAUUCUUGAAAAAAAUUUUGCUGUUUUAAUGUUCAAUUGAUCUCAUUUGAAUAUCUAGGAAUGGUAUGUUCUGGUUUAUGUAAUAAAGCGUUAAAGAUCGUGGUGA